CUAAACCUGCUGGGCACAAAAGUCUUUACUAGGUCAUGUUAUUGUUACUUGUAACUUUCUUACCUCAAAAUGAAUUGCUUUACAGUAAUGAACGUGAGGCUGACAGGCCUGCUGCUAGCCAGUUUUGUAAUUUUGGUUCCGGCAAUGUAUUUUGAUUUAGGGGAACAGGAGGAAAAGUGUAUCAUUGAGGAGAUUCCAGAGGACACACUUGUGUCAGGUUUAUUUUACUGCAACCAGGAACGUGAGGAGAAGUUUCGCCAAAUGAGUGAGGAUACAAAUGGAAACGUUUUGUGGUGGGCCAUUAUUCAGACAUCAAUACUCCUCUCUGUUGGAAUCUGGCAAAUGAAAAACCUCAAAAACUUUCUAAUUGAAAAGAAGUUGGUUUAGCUUUAUGAAAUAAAUGACUGUGUGUCUGGACAACUGUAACAUUUUUUUGAAGCAUAAUGUUGAUUUCUAAAUUACUUCAUCUGAGCAUAAACAUCUGAGCAUUUACCCAGCAAUAAUGUUUCAUAACGUAAGUGAUUUUAAUAAAUUCAUAAUACUUAAAUAGGCUAGCUACCUAUAGAUUCUCCUCUUUGUGUUUUAUUCCAUUCUAACAGUGUGUUCCACUACGAAUAUUUAGGCGAUUUAUAAUUAUUCCACCAACAUAUCAAGCCCUUUAACUACGGUUAUUAAAAUAAAACUAUCAACACAGCCAUAAAAAAAAAAAAAAAAAAAAAAUGUUGUUUGUUUGAUUUAUUGACUUUACAGUAAAUAUUAAGCCUAAUUCGUCAUGAUUUACAAUCUUAGGAUCGUUUUGGUCACCAUUGGGUGACGUGACGUUGUCGUUUCAAAAAGCAUCGGACAAUCUGCUUAUUAGUUAGGGGAGACCGGGGAUGGUUGUAACACGGGGAGAGUUGUAACACUACCAAUUCCAUGAAUCAGGGACAAGAUAGGAGUCAUGUGACAAUUUCAGUUUCAUCAGGCUUCCUUUACAAUCCCACAUGGAGGUUUUCCAGUCUGUGUUGCUAUCUCUCCUGAAGCUACAGCAGAAAAUCUAAUUCUGAGGUUAGAAAGUAAAAAAAAAUAACAAGAUAAUAUUUUGUUUAGUACUUCUACCGUUGUAGAUAAUGUUGUAUGAGUUAUAUCAGGUCAAACUGUAGUUUCUCUAGUAAAGAAUGGUGUAUCAACCUUCUGCCAAUUUCAAAGCACCAUGCUAAUACAGCUUGCUAAACAAUGGGUGACAGUGAAGGGGUAGGUUGUAACACAUGUUUUGAAAGUGUUACAACCAUCCCCUUACGUACAACCAAGAACAUUUUUGUGAUUUUAACAACACUACAGAAUGCCUAGAACUUGGUUGGGAAAAACAGAUAUUGGAGUCGAUGCUAGUCUUUUAACAAAAAGCAGAAGAGAAAGUUAGGAAAGGAAAGUCUGUUGGGGCAAUGGCAAAAUCCCAUGGAAUCUGCCAUGUAAACCUGAACAGAUAUUGGCAGAAAUAUAAACUGGAAGACCAGGGAUUGAGGGACCUUCUUCGUGUAGGAUACUACAGUCCUCACCAGGUCUUCGCCAGGGAGCAGGAGGAGUCUUUGUCAUAAGCCAGAGAAGAAAAUGAGAAGAAAAUGGCAGGGCCUGAUUGGUUUGGCUCGUUUAUGAAGCGGAACCCCAGACUUUCAGUGAUUUUUUUUUGUUGUUGUUCUUGUCACCAUUGUGACUGGUAAAGAAUGCAUUUCAUUUGUUCAUUCUCUGGAGUGGGGAUAUACGUCUGUUAAUUUGCUCACACACACACACACACACACACACACACACACACACACACACACACACACACACACACACACACACACGCACACACACACACACACAUUUUGUGAAAAGUGGGGACAUCCCAUAGGUGUAUUGGUUUUUAUACUGUACAAACUGUAUAUUCUAUGGCCCUUCACCAACCCUACACCUAACCCUAACCCUCACAGGAAACUUUGUGCAUUUUUACCUUCUCAAAAAAUAUAAGUGUUUUGAAAAAUGGGGACAUGGGUUAUGUCCUCAUAAGUCACCCUCUCCUUGUAAUACCUGUGUCAUACCCAUAUCAUUAUACAGAGUUGUGUCCUGAUAUGUCACAAAAACAAGAGCACAUACACACUCACACACACACACACACACACACAUGAAUGUGCACGUACAGACAUGCACACACACAAAGGCACACAUGCACAAAAACACACAAUAUGCUCAUACACUCCCCAUAUUCACACAUAUUUAUUGUUGCAGCCAUUCAUUUAAAAUAAAACUGUUUUUGUGACAUAUCACUUGGAGUACCCUUAGUUUUUGUAUAUUUUGUCUACCUGUUACAACGUACCCCAGUAUGUGUUACAACCUACCCCAGUAGUGGGGUAGGUUGUAACAAAGGACCACCUUGUAUUUGUCAUCAUCUCACAAAGUCUGUGAUAUAGUUGAAUAAAUUUAAAUUGUUGCCAUUUGUAGUAUAAACAUGUGGGUACUUUGCCUAGAAGUUUUAGACAUGUAGCCAAAAGAAAAAGGUAAUUUUAGGCGCUGAAGAAAAAAGUGUUACAACCAUCCCCGGUCUCCCUAUAUGAUAACUAGUAGCGUAAACCUGCAAUUUAGUGUACACGCGAAUGAUAUACAUCUGGAUAGCAGUAAAAAAGACUUAGGGACAUUUUUUUUUUAUUUCUUUUCUUUUUAUAUUAUUUUGUAUAUUUGGCUCAAACGCUACAUCCAACUUUAUUUUUUUACCCUCGUUUAAUGUACAUAUAAUCAGUUUAUUUUUUAUUUUAUAUUCACAUUUUUAAGUCAAUCAUUAGUCCCUCAAAGUGUUUAAACUGCAUUAAUCCACUCAAGAUGGAUCUGUUUGCUAUGAAGUAAUAUGUGUGAUCUGACAUAGGUUCUGUCUCAAAACCGUGUGAGCAGUCCACCUAGAAAGGGUUCUGGCAAUAACAAGUGCUUACGAUAUUUACUGGCAUUUGGUAAUAGCAGCAGUUUUGGCAUUAUAAGCCAAUCUUAGCGCUAUAUGAGGCUAUAUGGUAAACAGUUCACUUGUAGAAGUUGUAGCACACAGCUAUUGCUGCAAUUCAUGUCACCUGGUCCUUGAUGUGUCAGCUAAAUUUUACAAAUUGCAGCCACAUCAUCUGUAAUGUUUGCUAUCAGAGAGGUAGCACAUUCAACAAACAUUAUUUAUAUAUAACAUUACAAUUAACAUUACAGUAUACUUACAUUAUAUAUUGAGGUUUCAAAACGGUAUAACGGUGCUGGUUUUACACUUCGUCGGAACAUUAAUUAAUUAUGUGGAUAUACUGCCUUCUGCUGGAGGUAAUAUAGUUCUACACAGAGAGGGCGUAUUUGUUUUCCCCUAUAGGAAAGCAGGACCUAGGCCUUUUGCAAAGCAAAGUGCCAGAUCACCCCACUGUCUGAAAAAGUAAGAUACGAAAGCAUUUUUGCAUUUCUUGCCUUGUUUCUGUUUUCUUAUUUAUACAGGAAAAUUUCAAGAAUGCUUACAUAUCAAAGUUAGAGAUGACUGUUCAAAAUCAAAGGUAUGUAUGUCAGUAUGAUUUAUGCAAAUUUUGACAUUUUUAUGACUUACAACUUCAAACCACAGAGGAUUAGAGUAGAGUACAGUCUUUAGUAUAUGUAAAAACUACUGUAUGUGUCUACUGCAAUUUAAAAUUUUUACUCAAUUUCAUUCUCCGUUAGUUUGCAUGGAGAUCACGGGUGGACAGCCUUUGUCAAGUGAACCCUCAGUUGGAUUGAGAGCUGGACUCUGACUCCCGUUGUCUUUAAGCCAGUCUUCUGUAGCUCUGUCUUUGAAAACAAAUUUUCUCCCAAAACUGCAGUUGUCUUGACUGCAGGUUUUUUGUAUUUUACAUUUUUUUUUUUUUUACCAGCCUUUCAGUGCAUUAUUCAAAGAAGCAUUCCCACAACUCCAUGACAAAUAUUCACUACUUUUAAUUUAUUGAUUUACUUUACUUUUUUUUUUGCAUUAAAGCAGUAGUUCACACAAAAAUGAAAAUGACUGAAAACAGCGUAUCAGAAUGAUUUCUGAAGGAUCAUGUGACACUGGAGACCGGGGUAAUGGCUGCUGAAAAUUUAGCUUUACUGUCAGAGGAAUAAAUUAAUUUUGAAAUAUAUUAAAAUACAAACAAAAAGUCAGAGGCAGAGAACGCUUUUUAUUUGCAUUUCAAAUGGGGCUUGCAUUCUUCUAAGACAACAUGUGAUGCUAUAUAGAUGUAGGAACAGAGGAUUUGAAGAAGAGAACACUAUAAAAAUAUAAUGUACCUUAUUAAUGUAACACUUGUCAUUGAAAACAUUCCAGUUCAAGACUGGCAUUUCAAUCCUACAAGUCAGAGACAAGGUGUGUUUUAGCUUGUUUGAGCUCUCUUUAAUCAUGUAAGAUGAAUAGAUUGUUCCAACUGUUACAGUUUUUUAAGCAGUUAAAAACAUUUUAUUUCAAAGAGCUGUUUCUCUGUUUAUUUCAGUUUCUACAGUGACAAGAUCCUCGUCCUCUGCUAGCCUGUGUGAUAUGAACAGCUUUCAUCUCUAAAUAAAGUUGAAACUAAGUUUUAGAGUAGCUGACAGCAUAGAUCUCAACAGAAGGGGGCACACUCACACAGAUUUACACAAGCUCCAGUAUGGAUCCAGAACACUUGAGAAGAGAUGAUUCCAACCCCUCAGAGGACCUCAGAUGACCAUGAAACAACAUACAGAACUAACAAAUAUUGCUACAAGUACAGUUCCUCACAGAGCAUCAAGUCAGAGCACUAUGGGUAGCCAUUCAGUGCCACUGUCAGCAGGGAAUUCUCCAGUGGUCUACGGGAGCCGGUGAUGAAUCCAUCCCAUAAUGUGGCGAGUCACCAUGGGAAACACCUGUGUUCAAACUCCCCUGUCUACAAAUAAGCCUCUGCGUCCUCCCUGGGACCCCCGCCAUGAUUUAUAUACCCCAGUCCAAAAGCAAUAUGGAUAAUCACAUCUCAAAAUAUUUUUUAUAUGUCACAAAGCUGUGCUUUUUUACCAGAUCCUUUUAGGCGAAAGGCAUCAGGCCUAUUAAUGUAAUCACCAUACAGGCCUGUAGCCAAGCAAUGAGCACACUGCAUUGCUGACCUAUUAACUGACUCUCUUAUGAUGCCGCAAUACAUUAAACACUGCCUCUCAAUGAACUGUAAACAUCUGUGCUCUUGUUUCCAUAAAUGUAUUGAAGCAGUUAAUCACAGACCCUUGUUGAACAGUUUGUGAGUGUGAAUUUUAAUAUGCCAUUUUGCGCAUAACUCAAAUAACUGUAUUUUUCGGACUUUAAGUCGCA